AUGAUAUCCGAAGACUUAGAGAUCGAUCUCUUACAAUAAUCAAAUAUUGAAAGUGAUAAUGACUAACCUGAAAAUAAAAAACCACCAUUAACUUAUCAUAAAAUUCGUGUUAGUACUAAAAUUAAAAGAGGAAGACCGCCUUAACCAAAAAUAAAGGCUCCAAUAUCCAAAACUUAAAAUACAGAGGAGAGAAAAUCUGAUGAAUGCCCAGAUAUUAUAAUGAUAGGAUCUUCAAAAGCUAAAAUGGCCAAAGCAAAUACUAUAAUGAAAAAGAUCAAGAAAAAAUUUACAUCAAAGUAACAUAAGAAAUAGGCACCAGAAAGAAUAAAAAAGGUUUAGAAACCGCUCAAAGCAACCACAGAUAAGACAUAGGCAAAGUUUCAAUCAGUAGUUAUGAGUUUCAAAACAUUUCUCAAAGGACUUAGGGAAAAUAUGUAAAGAGCUUUAGAUGAAGGGGACAAAAUACUUAAGGAAAUUGAAUGA